ACCAAAAAAAUAAAAAAAAGAAAAAGCGAGCGUCUUCUUCCUCGCUCGAUCGAACGAACCGACACCGCCGCACCACCACCCCGCCACCACCAACCCGCGCCCCAACGCUAACGUGAACCGCGACGAAAUCUCAAAAAAAAAAAAAAAUCGCGUCAAAUUCCUCCUCCUCCUCCACCACCACCUCUUCUCCGAAUCCCCCAAAUCCAAACCCCAGAUUCCCUCGCCAUUUUUUUGUUCUCGGCUCCGGGGGGGAGUUCCUCAGAUCUCUCUCCCCGCCGAGGCGAGCGCCCGAGAUCCUCCCGCUCCGCGGGCUCCCCCGUGCGCGCCAAUUCGGUUCGGGGCCUAGGGUUUGGCGGGGAUUGAUGAGUACUAGACUCGCGUCCUGACCCGGCGGAGAUCUCUCCGGAUGGAUCGCAGGGGCGGCGGCGGCGGUGGCGGGAACAGGAACAACCGCACUGAUCUCCUCGCUGCUGGGCGUCAGAAGCUGCAGCAGUUCAGGAAGAAGAAGGAGAAGAAGGGUCCUGGUAAGAAGGCCGAAGCCAAGGCGGAUGCGGAGGCUGAGGGCGGCUCGUCCAAGUCGGGGGCAGACGCGGAGGAGGCCGUGUCGGAGCCGAAAUCCCCUGUUGGAUUGAAGUUGCUGGCUGGGGAGGCUGGUGGCAGCCAUAGCACGCCAUUUGAGGAAGCAGUGAGGUCGCAGGUGGAGGAAUGCAAUGGGCAGGGGCCUGGUACUGCGGAGUCCUGCACGGUGGUGGAUAACACCAACGUCUUGCCUGUACAGGAGGGUGGUGAUGGUUGUAAUGCACAGGAUGUAGGAGUAAGUGAACAUGGCGGUUUAGAGCACGAAAGUGCUGGACUGGGUGAUGGUGAAGGUCUAACAGUCCGGGCUACCGGUGCAGAUGGUUCUGGUGAUCUUAUAGAAGGAGCUCAGCUAGUGGAGGUGGAUGUUGAUGACAAACUGGCAGAUUUUAGUUUAAAGGAAAACACGGAGCUGUGCAUAUCUUCUCAAGGCGGCAUAGCUGAUGAUAACGGCGACAACCAACUAGGAGAACACCAGCGGGUGGAUCUAAAUCCUGUUGAGAGGCCGACUAAUUCUGAUUCCAAAGAAAUUACAGAGACUGUAGCUCAUUCUCAAGAUAUUGGAGCUGGUAAUACUAGCAAGGGGGAAGGAACUAGAGAAACGGAGAUUGAUGUUCCUGGGAUGCCGUCUGGUGCUGUGGCUAAAGAUGAAGGGGAGUUGAAUGUUAGAGCUGAACACGAGACUUCUGAAAGUACUGCAAGAGAAGAUACUGACAAUGAAGCUGAUGAACUGGGUAAAGAAGCUGUUCAAGAAGAUCCAGAUACGACAAAUGAUACAGAGGAAGUUGUUGCCGUAGAUGAUUUGAGUUUACAGGAUAAGUCACUAGGGGCAGUCACUAUUCCUCUGCACCAGAAGAUUGACCAAGCUUCGCUUGUGAGUGAUAUGUCGCAAGACAUGGUGCCAUAUCAUUUUGAGGAUAUCCAGAGGCAUAUGUACUUGGCAACUCUGUCAAGGGAUUUUCUCCAGCUGCAGCUGGAUGAGGGUGCGGACCUGAAUUCAGAUGCUACACACCGGUCUUCUAAUGAAGUCAGCAAUCUCCAGGUACUACUGGAAGAAACUGAAAAAAGCAAGCAAGCAAUCUGUGAAGAGCUUCAGCAAUGUAGGCAUGAGCUCUCGGAUAUGAAUACUGUGAAGGAAGAACUUGAACUUAUUGUAGCUUCUUUGAAGGAUGGUAUCAAUACUGGCAACAACAAAUGUGAAUAUUUGGAGCUUGAGUUGCAUUCCUCCAAGGAGAACAAACAACAAAUUCUGGAUGAGUUAGCUGGUUGCAGGGCAAUGUUGGAAGCUCUACAGAAGGAGAACCUGGAGCUAACAGCAAAUCUUGCUUUUGAGAAAGAAGCUAGAAAGGAAGUCGAGGAGCAGCGGGAGCACCUUUCUGAUGAAAACAAAAGGAUUUUAUCAAAUCUAUCUGACCUUGAACUUAGUUUAGCUUCUUUAAAAGAGGAAAUGAAUGAAGGCAGUAAUAGAUGUGCAAAUCUGGAGCAUGAACUCCGAUCCUCCAAGGAGAACAUGGAACAUACUUUGGUUGAAUUAGCAAGCUGCAGGGCUUCAUUGGAAGAACUGCAAAAAGAUCAUAUGGAGUUAUCUGCAAAUUCUUCCUUUGAAAAAGAAGCAAACAAGAAACUUGAGGAGGAUAAUUUAUGCCUAUCUAAUGAAAAGCAGAGCCUGCUGUUAGAUCUUUCGGAAACAAAGGAGAAGUUGCAUCUUUCAUAUGCCAAACAUACACAGCUUGAGUCGCACACCAGAGAUAUGGAAACAUAUUUUGGACAACUCACAGAGAAAUUAAUUGAUGAAAGCCUGUACACAGGUACCAGUGUCGAUAUUUACCAAACUGUCAUAAAAGAGUUGAGUACUAAGUGCGAAAUUUUGCUGCACAAAGCCCACAAUGCACAUCAAGAAAAGGCCCGUCUGGACUCAUCAGAGAUCAUUGUUGAAAAUGCUGAAAGAGAAACCACAAGUCCUGAAUUUGUUGGACUCGAUGAUAAUCAGUGUUCACUUCAGCUAGUCACUGAAAAUGACACAUGUAGCUCUACUGCUUUGCAAUCACUGAAAAACCAUCUGAAGAUGGCUAAAGGUGAUUUGCAUGACCUUCAAAAGGUAGUAGAGAGGAUUUCUUCUCGGUCUGAUGGGCGUGUUCUGGUUUCAAAGCUCAUUCAAUCCUUUGAGUCAAAAGGAAACCAGGAAGAUCCUGGGAUGUCUGAGGGAGAGCAUGAUAAUUUGCAAAAAAUAACUCGGGAGAUGAUAUGCCGCCUUGUGGAGAAGUUGAAGGCUAUGACUUCAGACGUUGCAAACAUAGAAGAAUACAUGGCUGAGCUGUGUGACAAACUAGAACUUUCUGUGAAGUCUAUGUCACAGCACGAAGCAGAAAGAGAGCAAACUGCAGUUCUUGUGGCCAAAAUGGAUGGGUUUGCUGGGAAGCUAAGCAACUACAGGGACACAAUUGAUCAACUUCUUAGUCAAGUUGCUAGUGUACACCAGGAUGCAGAUAUUCAUGCUGGAAGGCUCAUUGAUCAAGCAGAACUUUUGCAGAAUGAUGUGACUGAAAGGAUCUCCACUCUUGAGAAGGAAAUGACGUCAUUAACAGAUGUGCUCAUUGAAGUUACCAACAGGCUCAUUGCUUUGAGAGAUAAUGUGCUCCCUAAUGAUUUGGGUGGGAGUGAAGGUCUUGGCUCUCUUGCUUUGAAUUCUGUGGAUUUUACUGCUAAGUUAGUCCAAGGUCUUCGGGAGAAUCUAGAGGAUGCUCAAAGCAACAAUGCUAAGCUUAAUGCUGCUCUGGUGGAGCUAAAACAUGCACAUUCUGAUGUUCAAGAGAGGAGUGAACAUGCACAUGGAAUUGUCAAGAAAAUGUACAGCUCCUUGCAGGAACUUCUAUUCAACUCAUUGGGAAAUCCAGAUGAAUCAGGUGUUGAAUACAAUGCCGACGAACCAACAGAAGCCCUCUUUAGUCAAUAUGGAGACAUUGUUGAGCAUUUGAAGAGUUUAUUGCUUGAGCGCCACUGUUUGCUAUCAAAGAAUACUGACCUAGAGUCAAGAUUGUUGAGCAAAUGUGAAGAAACUGAAGCUCUCAGCAGUUCUUUGACAAAAAGUAUGAAUGAUUUUAGCUUGCUGAAUGAAGACCUUAAAUCAGUUUCUAUAAGUAGAAUUGCAGCGCAGGAUGAACUGCAUGGUAGAUGCCUCGCUAUAGCAGAAAAGUUGGUUCAUCAUUCUGCAAACCAUUCAUCAAAAGUUCUCCCUUUAACAGCUUAUAGUGAGGUGGAAGUGUCCAGCAAGGACCACCAUAUUCUUACCACAGUGCUGCCAUGUAUUGAGGAGGGCGUGGCUUCAUACAUUGAUGAAUUUGAAAAUAUGGCAGAAGAAAUCCGCCUAUCAAAGAUCUGCUUGCAAGAAAUCAAUAUUUUUGACCAAAGUUCAUCUGAAAAGUGGUCUUUGCCCUUGCCUGUGUUGAUCAAAGAAGGAUUUAUACCCAUAUUUUUUGACCUGCAGGGUAGAAUUGACCAGCUCAGCAUGUUAAACAUUCAGCUGGAAACUGAAGUUCCAGUUCUGAGGGAUGGCUUGGUGAAGCUAGAUGGGGCUCUUGAAAGCUCACGUGCUGAGCUUCAGAAAAAGGUUUUUGAACUUGAACAAUCUGAACAGAAACUUUCUUCUGUCAAGGAAAAGCUUAGCAUUGCUGUUGCAAAAGGCAAGGGUUUGAUAGUUCAGCGCGACAGCCUUAAGCAGACUCUGUUGGAGAAGUCUGGGGAGCUUGAGAAGCUUUCUCAUGAACUGCAGUCAAAGGAUGCAUUGCUGAUAGAGUUGGAAGCCAAGAUAAAAUCCUAUGCAGAUGCUGAUCGAAUUGAAGCUUUGGAGUCAGAGCUAUCUUACAUACGGAAUUCAGCUACUGCUCUAAGGGACUCAUUUCUCCAAAAGGAUUCUGUUCUUCAGAGAAUUGAAGAAGUUUUAGAAGACCUAGAUUUGCCAGAGCAUUUUCAUUUCAGAGAUAUAGUAGAAAAAAUAGAACUUCUGUCAAAGAUGGCUGUUGGAGCUUCUUUCACUGUACCUGAUGGUAAUAAGCAAUCCUCUGUGGAUGGGAAUUCUCAGUCUGGUGUGGCCGUUGAUAGUAUAAAUGAUGAGCAAAACUCAAAUUCAAAUUCAGGGUCAGAAGAAAUAAAGAUCAAAUAUGAUGACCUGCAUAGGAGAUUCUAUGAACUGGCUGAGCACAAUAACAUGUUGGAACAAUCUCUAGUUGAGAGGAACAAUCUUAUACAGAAAUGGGAAGAGGUCCUUGGUCAGAUUGACAUCCCCCAACAGUCCAGGAUGCUUGAACCAGAAGAUAGAAUAUCUUGGUUGGGAAACAGGCUACUGGAGGUUGAGCAUGAAAGAGAUGCGUUACAGUUGAAGAUUGAGCACCUUGAGGAUUCCUCUGAGAUGUUAAUUUCUGACCUGGAAGAAUCACACAAAAGGAUUUCUGAACUAACUGCAGAGAUUGCUGCUAUAAGGGCUGAGAAGGAAUUCUUCUCACAAAGCCUGGAGAAACUGAGAUUUGACUUCCUUGGACUCUCGGAGAAAGCUGUUCAGGAUGAAUUUGUCAGAAAUAAUUUGCGGAAAGAUCUAGCUGAACUGCAGGAGAAGUUAGCUGAGAAGACUGAAGAGAGCAAGCAUUAUCAUGAUAUGGAAGUGGAACUCGAUAAACUUCUGGAUUUGGUACGAAAUGCAUUGCGGGAUGACAGUAAUGCAGAAAUCCCAUCGGGUGCUGGUGCUGGUGCUGCCGUGUUGUGCUUGGGUGUGCUGUUGAGUAAACUUAUAGAUGAGUACAGAACUCAUUUGUCAGAAUCAACUCACUCAGAAACCAAAUUGUCUAAAGAUGCUUCCACAUCAGAGAUAGGUAUUGAGGACAAAGAGAUGGCACUGAAUACUCUGAAUGAUGAGUUAGAACAUGCUCGCAAUAGCCUGGCCUUGGUGGAGCAACAGCGUGAUGAAGCUGUGGAGAAGACACAAUCACUCACUAUAGAACUGGAGACUCUACGUGUUCAAAUAAACCAGUUGCAGGGAGAUAAUGCUGAACAGGUGAAUAGGUAUCAAUCUCUUAUGCUUGAACUGGAAUCAUUGACUAAGCAGCGUGAUGAUCUGCAAGAGAAACUGAGUCAGGAGGAGCAAAAAUGCACAUCACUGAGAGAGAAACUAAAUGUUGCUGUAAGGAAAGGGAAGGGCCUGGUGCAACAUAGAGAUAGCCUGAAGCAAACUAUGGAAGAAAUGAACACUAUGAUAGAAAAACUAAAAGUUGAAAGGAAACAACACAUUGAAUCACUUGAGUCUGAGAGAUCGUCAUUGGUGGGUCGAUUGGCUGACAAUGAGAAGACUUUGCAUGAUGCAACCCAAUAUCUGAGUAGAUUAUUAAAUUCUUUGAGUACGGUGGAUAUUGGUAAAGAAUUUGAUACUGACCCAAUCACCAAGGUUGAAAAAAUUUCGAAUUUUUGCCUUGACCUACAAAAUGAAGUAAAGAAAUCGAAACAAGCAACAGAGCUUCUUCUAGCUGAGCUAAAUGAAGUUCAUGAAAGGGCUGACAACCUGCAGGAUGAACUGGUCAAAGCAGAAGCUGCACUGUCAGAAUCACUUAAGCAGAACAACGUUGUAGAGUCUGAAAGAGCUGAUGCUGUUCGCCAUCUUGAACAUAUUAUGGAUAUGCAGUCACAUACAAGAAGGGAACAGUUAGAUCGUUUGAUGGAGUUGAACUCCACCAGCAGUCAACUAAAAGAGAUCUUCUCUGAACUUUUACAUCAUCUUGAUAACACGUUCAGUAAGGAUGUGGACAUAAUCAGCUAUAUGGGGAACUUUGUGAAAUCUUCUGAUAAAUGGAUGGACAGCAUGAGUAUGGUGGAGAUACCUAUCACAUCUAACCAUCUUUUGUCUAAUAGCAUAAGCAGCAAGAAGGCGCACAGUCCAAAUGUUCCACUGGAAGUUACAUUGGACAAUGCUGAUGAAACCCAGAUUUUGCAUCAUCUUGCUACUUCAUGCCAUGCUGUGGCUGAUUGUGUAAAGGACUGCAAUGAUCUCAAAAGAAGGAUUCAUGAGCAUGGUUUUUCAGUUGACCUGAAAGCUGCAGAACUGUUUGGUGUUAUGUCCAACUUGCAGAACAAUUUUACUUCUCAAAAUAAUGAGUUGGAAGCUUUGAGAAAGAAUAUGGUUGAACUACAGUCAGAGGUCAAACAAAGAGAUGAGGAAAAUUUAUCAAUCCGCAGAAAUAUGAGUUUGCUUUAUGAAGCGUGCACUAGUUCAGUUGCUGAGAUUGAAGGAAUGACUGGUAUCGAGUCUUGUGACCAGAGUUGUUCUAUUGUGCAGAAUCAUUUAUCUGCAGACGACCACAUAAAAUCUGUAGUUAACCAGUUAGUUGCAGCCAUAAAGACUACUCGGAACAGCAACGACGGCAACACAAAGGAACUAAAAGCCACCGUGCUUGAAUUGCAGCAGGAGCUUCAAGAAAAACAUAUCCAAAUUAGUACAAUCAGUGCAGAGCUUGCAUCUCAGGUAAGGGAAGCUGAAUUUGCUGCGAAGCAGCUAUCUGUUGAGCUUGAAAAUGCUAGAGUGGAAGCCCACAACCUAGAGAAACAGUCUGAGAUGCUGCUUAGUCAGAAGGUGGACUUAGAGACUCAAGUAAGUGAACUUAAAGAUAUGGAGGCAGUGGCACAUGAUCAGCAUGAAAGAAUAAAGGAAUUGAGUGAUGAACUUAGCAGAAAAGACCAAGAGAUUGAAGGUUUGAUGCAAGCACUUGAUGAAGAAGAAAGGGAGCUUGAAAUCUUGGAGAACAAAAGCAAUGACUUCGAGAAAAUGCUUCAAGAAAAAGAAUUUGCUUUGAAGAGUCUUGAAGUCUCCAGGACCAAAGCCUUGACAAAACUUGCAACAACUGUUGACAAGUUUGAUGAGUUGCAUAGCUUGUCUGAAAGCCUUCUUGCAGAAGUGGAAAACCUACAGUCACAACUGCAAGAGAGAGAUUCAGAAAUCUCUUUUCUGCGGCAGGAAAUUACAAGAAGCACUAAUGAACUGCUAACCACUGAAGAGAGCAACAAGAAAUACUCAUCUCAGAUAAACAAUUUCAUUAAAUGGUUGGAAACUGCACUAUUGCAGUUUGGUGUGCGCCCUGAGAGCAUAAAUGAUUAUGAAUGCACUCGAGUUCCUGUAUAUAUGGAUAUGUUGGACAAGAAAAUAGGAUCUCUAAUAUCUGAAUCAGAUGAAUUAAGGGUGACUCUGCAAAGUAAAGACUCUUUAUUACAGGUUGAGAGAACCAAAAUGGAAGAAUUGCUGCGUAAAUCAGAGGCUCUAGAAUAUUCUUUGAGCCAAAAAGAUUCUCAGAUAGGUUUGCUUCGUCGAGACAGGACAUCAGGUCAACCUAGCAGAUUUAUAAACCUGCCAGGCACUUCAGAGAUUGAACAAGUGAAUGAUAAAGUAAGCCCACCUGCGGUUGUCACUCAGAUUCGAGGAGCACGGAAAGUCAAUACCGAUCAAGUUGCUAUUGAUGUAGAGGUGGAGAAGGAUAAGCCGUUAGAUGAUGAAGACGAUGAUAAAGCACAUGGUUUCAAGUCACUGACGAUGUCACGCAUUGUUCCAAAGUUCACUCGGCCUAUAUCGGACAGGAUUGAUGGAAUGUGGGUCUCGGGAGAUAGAUUGCUCAUGAGACAACCAACAUUGAGACUUGGUGUUUUGCUAUAUUGGAUUGUGCUACAUGCAUUGCUUGCUAGUUUUAUUUGAAGAUUAUGUGUAAAGCCGUAGUUAUCUCCUUGGGUGAGCUACUGUACAGUAGUAUGUCUAUACUCCAUAGCAAGCUACAGCAGUCUGCGCUAAUGUUGUUGAUUCUUUUGAAUACGUUACCGGAUACCUGAAUCAAACUGGCAGCUGCGAAUCAACUUCAGGUUGUCUUUCUCAUCCUCUUUGAGAUGCAUUUAUCCUGCCUUGUCUGGAAUAGAAACUGAAGAAAGCAGCAGCGGCAAAGACCCACCUCUGUACAUACUCUCAUUUUUGCUUGCUCUAUUCUUUGCUUUUAGAAAGAUGUAGGGCAUAAUUUUGCAUGUAGCAAUUAAACAUUAUACGUAACAGCUUUACAGAAGAAUGACAAAUGUAGUUCUCAAAGUUUUAGGAUAUUGGGAUGGUCGCAGCUUUCUCCCAAUUGAAGUUGGCUCCCUGUAUUCUCUACCCACAAUAUUUUUGUUUACAUGUGCAACACAGCAAUUGUUUCAUUAUUACCACAGUGGCCCUGCUAUGGGGAGCUUUAACAUUUUUGUUCCCCAAUCCGAAACUGCUCUUGAGAACAUUACUAUCAGCCUCAAUGUGACGUGGGGAGCUUUGGCAUUUUUCAUCUUCUUUAUCUUUCAAUGAAACUGCAAGAAUUGUAUGGAUCUCGACCUGAAGGCUAAAGUAAUUGUU